CUUAUAUUAGUUAUUACUCUUGGCGUUAUAGUUCGUACUGGCUCAUUGUUGAGAGAGGCCAAAUUGAGUUGCUAGCAUAGACAUUGUAAAGUGGCUGGCUAGACAGACUGCUUGCAGCUUCAGGCUUUGUCAGAAGGUAGGUACACCAGGGCAUCAUUGUGGUUUGAAGUCCACAGUGGCCUAGAAUGUGGGUUCCAAGUCCAGCUUUAAAAAUAAUGCUACAGGAUUCAGACAUUGGGUGUGGACCUGAUCAAAACAUAAAACAAUGCAUCUUGAUUAUUGACCCUUAUUUGCAAAAUCAGAGCAAGAUUUAUAGCCACUCAGGACCCAUGUGGCUUACAGAUGGGGCAAGAGGCAGGCUUGGAGAGAGAGGUCUGGAGCUAUGCAGCCUGGAAGAGUACAAGGAUAGGGAGCCAUAUUUAUUUGGGGUUUUGUGUUUUUUGUUGGUUGCAUCACAAGUAAUGUUAAUAGAGAUUACCUUUGUAGUGUUUUCCACCUUUAUCAAAGUGCUUUUACAAACAUAUAAUUUUGCAUUUACUGUAAACAUGAGAGGGGUGAACUGGAUAUAAUUACCCAUUUGGCAGAUGAGACUCACAGAUCCUAAGUUACUAGCCUUAAGGUCAUUUGGCUCUUGCUUUUUUUCACUAUAUAUGCUGCCAAUGCUUGAUUCCAUAUUUAUUUCCAAAUUUAGCAAGCAUAUAGUUUGUUUUCCAGCAGCUGCUACUAUCUUUAUGAACUGCCAAUAUUUUGUCACUUAUGUUUUUACCUCCCAAAUCAACAAGUAUAACUAACUUUUGCUUAGUAUUGAAAGGAAAAAUAAGGAAAACAAAAUACUAUUUCAUUUUGAUUUAUCAGAUAAAACUACUUUGUUAUGUGCAAUGAAUCGUUUUUUAAAGUGAUUUUUUUUUUUUAUUCUGCUUUGCCCUGUUUAAACCUCAGCUAACCUCACUGCUGUUACUUUUUAGGUGUCUUAUAGUAAACCAUGUACAAGUCCAGACAGAGUCCAGAGUUAGAGCAAGUUAAACAAGAGUUGCCAGUAUUGUGAGUUGUGGAUGUAGAACUUGAUGUUAACUGUGAAUGAUUGGUUUUCUAACUUUCAUUUUAUGUGGAGAGCCUCUUCUGUUUUUCACUAGGCUUCCUCCUGGCUCUUCCUUCCUGUUACAUUCUUUCCUGUUUCUUUCCAGAAAGUGUCUCAGCAUUCUUUCCUAUAGUGUGCUCCUGUAGGGCUGUGAAUGGUACAUGUUCAUGAUUUUCAUCUCUGAACUCUGCACAUGUAUUUUUCUUAUACAGUAGAUUAGAAAUACAAACAGAACAUUGUGUAAGGAUAUGGACUGAUUACUGUGAGUGAAAAUCAGAGUGGAAUAAACAGAACGUGGCCUGCAGUUCUGCCUUCUAGUCCAGGUGUUGCCCCACUACUUAAUUGUGGACUUUUCACCAAUCUUUACAAACUUCUGAUAUCCCCUUGCAUUAUCUGCGAGCCAACAGCUGUGUUACAUGAUUUCUAGAGUCCCUUUCAAUUACAAAUCUCAUUCAUGUCCCCAAUCUGUGUAUGUAAAAUUGUACUAAAGGUAGGACAGCUUGUAAACCUUCUUUUGGACCUUAAAUUCUAUUGGUAAUUUUGUCAUUAUUGAGAAUUGAAUGAAAUCGAUCAUGGUGAUUUAACUUUGUGGUGCUUGUAAGCUGAACUGAAACCCCACUAUUAUUAACUUACAAGUUUUGAGCUUGGUUCCUAAUCUUUCCUGUUGUAUGCACAACAUGCAAUAAUAAUCAGCAUGGUAUGUUCUGGGAAUGCUUUCAUUAAAGAUUGGUGGGUUUCUUGAUCAGAUAUUUACUGUGUCUCAGAGCAGCUAUAAAAUCCAGGAAGUGUAAGUGUAAGAACAAGUGAUGGAAUGCUAGUUGGAAAGACAUGUUAGAGUUAAAAUGUGACAGUAGGUCUUAGGCUGUUAUCCUUUACUGUCCUUCAACCCAGUAUGUGAUAGGUUUGGGUUAUAGACUGAAUAGAUGGGAUUUUCAACUGUUUAUAUUUAAUCAAGGGAGAAUAAGUCAUAAAGUUGUAUAUUUAAAUCAAUACUAGAGUUUUCACGAGAUUUUAUUGUUUUAGGUGUCAUGGAUUACUCAAAAGGAUAGAUGAAAGCUAUCAUUACUCUUUCCAGAAAAAUAAAUGCACAUUGCCAAUUUUACCUGCAGGUUGAAAAGUUUCAUGGAUACCCCACUGUGGGUGGAGCCUUACUUUUCCAUCUGGUAUUCUUGGUCCAAAUUCUUGAUAGAAAAAAACUCUGGUUGGUAAAUUCUUUGGUGAUGCCCCUCAAAAUACUCUAGAUCAAUGUUUAUUAAACUGUGAUCAUGAGAACAAUUGAAUGGGUCAAGAUUAAAACAAAACAAAACAAAAGAAUAAAGUAGAAAAUAUCAGAGUAAAUUUUGUUUUGUUCAUUCUUUUGAUUUGUAUGCAUCUAUGUGUGUUUAUACUGUCAGAAUAUAAAAUGUCCUUCUUACUAUGGAUUGAGUAUAAAGUUGGAGAAACUCAUCUAUUAGAUGAGAAACACUCUUUUAUUGUAAAUGAACCUCUUCACUUUAUAACUGGAAACUGAGGCCCUUAAAGGCUGAAUGAUUUGUUUAAAUCCCUGCUGUCCCUGUGUUACUUCAAGUGGUCCAGCUAGGAUUGAACCAUAUUACUUUGUUACUAAUUUUACCCUGCUGCAUUGCUAAUUUUUUGAAACAGAAUUGUGAAGUAGAUUAUUUUAAAAAGAUAGUUCAUCUGCUUCACACUUGGCACUUUUGAAUCCUUUGUUUUUCCCACUAAAAUAAUUUCUGUCAUUAUCCUUUAAAAUAAUCUGAUCUUAAACUUCUUUUCCAUAGGAUUAGCAGAUAUCCUAAGCCCUCUCAGUUGGCUGUCUGCACCCCUAUUCCUAAAAUGUUGACAUUUAACCAGAAGGACUUUCAGAACAAGAUAUGAGGGCUAAUUUUUAUUUCAAAAUCAAAUUAAAAUGGUUUGAGUUGUUUUGUUCAUUCACUUGAGAGCUGAAAUGUUGGUGUGGGAUCUUUGGGAAGGCACUAUAAUGUCCUUAGUUUCUCUGUGAGUUUUUUCCUCAAACUUGAAUUCCAUACCAUUUAUAAAUGUGAAGGGUCUUGUUAAAAUGCAGAUUGUGAUGCAGAAUCUGGCUGAGAUUGUGGGUUUCAGUAAACACUCCUGAGAGAUGCUACUUUGGAUCUUGGGAUUACACUUUUAGUAGCAAGAACUUGUAUUACCCGACUUAUUACUGUGGCAAGAAAAGAUAGCUGUCUGAUCAUUUUUCUGUUGUCUUGAUUUUAUUUCUUUUAAAUAUUUAUUUUUUAGUUAUAGGUGGACACAAUACCUUUAUUUUAUUUUUAUGUGGUGCUGAGGAUCAAACCCAGUGCCUCACGCAUGCUAGCCACAACCCCAGCCCCCGUUGUCUUGAUUUUAAACAGCUGUUCUCAUCUGCCCCAACAUUCACCUGAGUGAAAAUUGAUGAUACCCCUCUUUGCAGCACUUUUCUAGGUGAUUCAGACUUAGCACUACUUCAUUUAACUGGGAUUUUCAAGCCUUUCUACAAAAUUUAAUUUUCCACAUAACUAGAAUAUUUAAUUUCAGAAAGAUCAUUUUCUAAAUGUUAUAGAAUUUUCUUUCUUAAAAGUAUUUGCAUAUACUCUUUUUUUUCUUCAACUUAGUGUUGCAAAAGCCAUAUUUUUUUAGAGGCUCUCUUUGUGGUGAAUAUUGAGCUAUAUGCAAAAUGAAUAAGAACUACAAAGCCUUCCAUGGUGCUGUUGUAUGUUUUUCUGUUUUGUCUCAUUCAUCUGCUAGUUAAUGAUGUCUCCUCAAAGUGGCUGGUGUCUCUUUCCAUCCUGAUUACUUCUGACCUGAAAAGCCAGAUACUAGAUUUGUGAGAUGAAUUUCUGUCAGAAGGGCCUUCCCAGGGUGGGGCCUUGCUGAGGAGGGAUAUGAUCCAAGUUCAGUAGCCUUGGAGAAUUGAAAUCCUUUGGUUUUUAACCAUAUUCUGAGUAGAUACCUAAAUUGGAGCCUACUUGUUUCUUCAUGCCUUUUUCCAGGUGCUUUUUUAAACUCCUUUCCAGAUCCCGUUGUCUUUGUUCAUUAAAAUGUAUUUGAAGGUCAUUUGUAUGUAUAGAUGUAUGAUAUAUUAGCCCUGUGAUUGAUAAUACAAUAAUUGCAAUAAAUUAGUAGCACUCAGGGUCCAUAUAAAAUCGGGAUGGGUAACCUUAUGCUAAAGAUUGUGGCUCUCUUUACACAGUUGUGUUCUGCAGUGUCUUUGAAAUAGUUUUUAGAAUAAUAGUAAUGACAGAAAGGAGGAUAUUGUUUGGUUUAAUUUAGUGAUUUAGUAUCCUGGGAGUUUAAAAAUUGUUGGAAUUAUCUUUAUUAGAUUACUAAUUAUAAUAUUAACACUAAUAGUUCUCAUAUGCUAAGUUCUCAUUUUGUUAGUCAUUACUUACAUAAAAUGCAACAAUCAGGGCUGUGGUUGAGAAGGGUACAUUAGAUUGUGGGGGGCAGCAAGUGGCUGAUGUGCUUCCCACAAAUGAGAAUAAUCCAAAUAGAUAGGGGUGAGAUUAAAUAUCUUCAUUAGUCCCUCUUUACAAAUAAAUAUGCAUAUGAAGACUCUACAGCAGGUGUUUCUGGUUUUGUUUUUUACUAGAAAUUGUUGGAGGAUUCAUAUUUUUGAAAACCAUACAGUAGUUUAUAUUCUGAUCCAAAGCAGAGAGAACCUGUUUGCAUUUUAACUAGGUAGCAUCAGACAUUUAUCAUCUUAAAUAGCCUUACUAUUGGCUCUGUGUUAGAAAUUGUAGAUUAUAUUCUUUAAAAUUAUAACAAGAUUAAAUGUGGAAAUAACAGUUAAGUUGGAAUUUUGAGAUCAAGAACAGAGCACCAUCUGACAUAUUUUUAGUGAAUUACAGCCUUUAAACACUGAUUACCAGAUUUAUCUCAUUUGAAUAUUAUUUUUACAUCUAGAAUUUGUCUUAGGCUUCAGUGCAGCUCAGCCUGCUGGUAUAAUCUUAUCUUAAUAAUGUUUUGUGACCUGGGAGUCCUGUUAAAGACAGGAGCUAGAGAACGCUGGAAGGUAAAAUGAACACAUGGCCUUAGUUCUCUUCUUUUAUACUGGAAUAUAACUUGCAUUUAAAGAAACUGAAAAAUGAAAAGGAAAAACAACCUCCUUCCUCUUUCAGAUGUAAUAAAUAUGUUUAAUAUGGUUUUGCUAUGGUUAAUCCUUUGAAACUUACAGACUAUAGAGGAUUUUGUCUAAAAUAUUUGAAACUAAAUGCUGCUGUAAAAAAUAUUUUUACCAGAAAUCUAGAAAUAGCUGUCUGUCCUAUGCUUUGUUAAUUUGAUCUGCUUGUUUAGCUGAAAAAAUAAAAAUGUAUAUUCUAACUAAAGAGAAAUUUGUGGGCAUAAACUCCUUUCUUCCUAUGUUCAAAUAUAUUUCAUACAUUGUUUAUCUUAUUUAAAUAUACAGUAGACAGAGAAUACAACUGCUGUUCCUUUAAUAUCAGAACUAUGCACGUUACAAUAGGUGUCACUGUUUUGCUUGGUCCAAUCAUGAUUGGUGACUUCAGCUAUUGGCUCCGAGCACUGGCUGUCUGACUCCAUCUGCAGGGCUGUAAUACCUACUCUCCUCCGAUCCAUUCACCACACAACUUCAGCUGGCUGAACAGACUCACUCAGCUCCAGCACAUCUUGCUAACCUAAUUCAGAAAACAAGUGCUACAGCUCUGUGCCUGUCGUCUUCGCUCGGUGUAGCGUUUUCAGGUGAUCUAGGAAACGGUUGUUUUUAUGAGCAAGUAAGAGAAACAGGAAUCAUGAUGGGGAUGUAUUUAACAGACCCAGUACUGGAUAAAACUUAAAGCCAGUUUCUAUUCAACAUAGUGAAAAGGUCACCUUGCCUGGCUGAGAAAAGAAGCAAAAUAUCAGCUUGUUGGUUUCUGUUAACAUCUUGGCUCCGGCCAGCCUGUUUUCCUUGAUGUUUGAACCAGUUUGGGAUAUCUAGCUGUAAAGAGAAACAUACUGUACUCAUGGUAGAUGACAAGGAAAAGAACAUGAAAUGUCUCACCUUCUUCUUGAUGCUUCCAGAGACGGUAAAGAACAGGUCCAAGAAAAGCUCAAAGAAAGCAAAUAACAGCAGCGGCACUAGCAGUAGCAGCAGCAAGUUGCCCCCAGUUUGUUAUGAAAUAAUUACCUUGAAGACUAAAAAGAAGAAGAAGAUGGCUGCUGAUAUAUUUCCCCGGAAAAAACCAGCUAACUCCAGCAGCACCACUGUCCAGCAGUACCACCAGCAGAAUCUCAGCAACAACAACCUGAUCCCGGCCCCCAACUGGCAGGGUCUCUAUCCCACCAUUAGAGAAAGAAAUGCGGUGAUGUUCAAUAAUGAUUUGAUGGCAGAUGUACAUUUUGUGGUUGGGCCACCAGGUGGGACUCAGCGGUUGCCAGGACACAAAUAUGUCUUAGCUGUUGGGAGCUCUGUGUUCCAUGCAAUGUUUUACGGAGAACUUGCCGAGGACAAAGAUGAAAUCCGUAUACCAGAUGUCGAACCUGCUGCUUUUCUCGCCAUGCUGAAAUAUAUCUAUUGUGAUGAAAUUGACUUGGCUGCUGACACAGUGUUGGCUACACUGUAUGCUGCCAAAAAAUACAUUGUCCCUCACCUUGCCAGAGCCUGUGUUAAUUUCCUGGAGACAAGCCUGAGCGCCAAGAAUGCCUGUGUGCUCCUCUCCCAGAGCUGUCUGUUCGAGGAGCCUGAUCUGACCCAGCGUUGCUGGGAGGUAAUCGAUGCCCAGGCUGAGUUAGCUCUCAAGUCUGAGGGAUUCUGUGAUAUCGACUUCCAGACACUAGAAAGUAUCCUCCGCAGGGAAACUCUGAAUGCCAAAGAAAUCGUGGUUUUUGAGGCAGCUCUCAACUGGGCUGAAGUAGAAUGCCAGCGACAAGAUCUAGCCUUGAGCAUUGAAAAUAAACGUAAGGUCCUAGGAAAGGCACUGUACUUGAUCCGCAUACCCACAAUGGCCCUUGAUGACUUUGCAAAUGGUGCUGCCCAGUCCGGAGUAUUAACUCUCAAUGAGACCAAUGACAUCUUCCUCUGGUACACUGCGGCCAAAAAGCCAGAGUUGCAGUUUGUGAGUAAAGCCCGCAAGGGCCUUGUCCCCCAGCGCUGUCACCGUUUCCAGUCUUGUGCCUAUAGGAGCAACCAGUGGCGCUAUCGGGGUCGCUGUGACAGCAUCCAGUUUGCUGUUGAUAAAAGAGUGUUUAUUGCAGGCUUUGGGCUGUAUGGCUCCAGCUGUGGUUCUGCAGAAUACAGUGCCAAGAUUGAACUCAAGCGGCAGGGUGUUGUCCUGGGGCAGAACUUGAGCAAGUACUUCUCAGAUGGAUCCAGCAAUACCUUCCCUGUGUGGUUUGAGUAUCCUGUGCAGAUCGAGCCGGACACCUUCUACACAGCCAGUGUGAUACUGGAUGGCAAUGAACUCAGCUACUUUGGACAAGAAGGCAUGACGGAAGUUCAGUGUGGCAAAGUGACUGUCCAGUUUCAAUGCUCCUCGGAUAGCACAAAUGGCACUGGGGUACAGGGAGGGCAGAUCCCUGAACUUAUAUUCUAUGCUUAAAGCUUCACUUCCCCAAGCAGUGUGAGCUCGGGUGCACAUCUGGCCUCUCCUUGCUUGAUGCUUAGCUCAUCUGCAGAUAUGUGAUCAGUGCAGGUAAUUUGUUAUGAAUGAAGCGGUAGGCAGUUUCUAAUUUCUUUUACCCUUUUUAAUUAUGUACAGGCUAAAAUGCAGCAUUCCGCUUUUAACUAUAUGCUUAAAAGAGCCAAGUUCUUACUAAGGCUUUGUGGUUUUCAGAGUUGCGUCUAUACACCUGGAGAGAUUAUGCUCUCUCAGAUGCCCCACCGACCUCCCAAUUUCAUGUCUCUAAAGAAAAUUUUGGAUCACCUCAAAUUUCCUUUUGGAUUUUAUUUGAUGAAUGGAAAUAGUCUAAAAUAAUAACAAUCAAGAGUUAUUUUUAAACAAAGCCCACCCCCCCAAAAAACCAGAUAAACCUCAGUGUACAAUUUUGAGAGAAAUUUUACUUUAUAAUAAGUAAUAAUUUAGAAUGUAGAAAGUAGUCAUGUUUGGCUCUUACAUUUUUUUCUUUUAAAGUUGUUGCUUCUCACUUUGCUUUUUUAAUCCUAAACCAAUAAGAUUAUUACACAUUAACUCAAAAUGGCAGUGUAAAAUAAGAAACUAAGGAAUUGAGUGGUGUUUUAUAGGCAAAGGAGACUUAUAUUCUUUUAAGAAGACAAGGUAACACAAUAUGAACACUUCUUUUGGAAGUAAUGAAAUUAUAAAAGUUUAUUGUCAAUAGAAAAAAAUUGCAGGCCUGCUAAUUUACAGUAAAGGUUUUAAAAGAGAACCUAAAAAAUCCCAUACUACAAAUACUUUAAUUGAUAAUGCGUUUGAAAAAGGCACUCUUUUCUUGCCACAUAGCUUUGGGUCCCUAUCAUUUGCUUGUUUUUAUAAAUCGUACUGUAUAGAAUUCCUGAUCCCUUUUCUCCCAUUUAAAAGAGGACCAAACAUUUCUUUAGAGGAAUGGAGUAACAACUGGUUUUGUAGCACUACAUUGUUAAUGUCAUAAAAUACUUUUAUUUGUUGUUUUUUUUUUUUAUUUGAAAUAUACUUUAUCUAAUCUUUGACCAUAUGCUAUUUUAUUUGUUGAUUAUAGUUCUGUUCUCAUUCUGGACUGCUAGAAUCUGGCCUCUGGCCACCUUAAAGUGCCAAUAUAUGCCUGCAGGGUUUUCAGAAAUUGGUUGGAGUAACAGAGUUUGUUGUCCCUGAAUUCACUGCAUCAGCAGCACAUCUGGCUCUCUUAUUUGUCCAUGGCUAAUAUAAGCAAAGGAGGAAAAGCUCAUUAAAAAAUUCUCCUUCAGUGAUGGCUUUUGUUGGUUUGGUGCCUGUGACCCUGGCAGUGCCCAGUGUGAUCACUGCCAGUUGAAGAAUCCAUGUGUUUUUGGGCAGCUUUUCUGCUCAGUGUGAUCCUGAGAUGGCUUCUCCGCCACCUAGAGUGUGGUCCCUUGGCCGCCUCCUUCUCCUGCUCUGCAAGCCUGAAACUGGCUUGUCUGGGGCCAGGAGUUAGUCCUGGGGUGUGUGUGUGCCUGUGAGCCCAUGUGCCCAUGUGCAUGCAAGUGCGAUUGCCAACUCAGGAAUUCCCUCCUCCCUGCCUGGUUAGUGAGAGGUGGGACACAAUGGUCCCCCUGCUGUCCCCAGCCAGGCCCAAUGAGUGACUGCCCUUGCUUAUUCACUGUGCUUCUGGGCUGCUUUUUUCUCUGUAGAUGUGGGCCUGUCGCCUUUGGCGAGUGUCCCUGAUGGAGGAGAACACUGGAUUAUGGGAACUGUUUUAAUCACUUUUGCCAUUUACCUACAUCUGUUAGCAUAGCUGACUGAAAGUUGUUACUGGUGACUAUAGAUGAAUACUGCCAGAACAGCUAUCUAGAAUUAUCUUAUUAUGGACAUGACAGGUUGUAGUUUUGGCAAAACAUUAAUGAAAUAAAGAUAAAUUUUCACUUAAAAAUACUUGUGCAAAGGAUUCUAUUCUAAAAUUAUGGUUAAACAUUUCAGUAACUCAUAACUAUCAUGCAAAAUGGUAAAACUGGUUAGAAGGCACUUGACGUGAAGCCAGAGGAGAAGAAAUGUUACUCAGCACUAAUUUCAUAGUUGAGAGGGUGAGUGUGAUGGACCGCCUGAGAGUGGGGUCAUUCCUUCACUGCUCUGUCAGUUGAGUUGCCCUCUGCACAGCUAGUCUGCCGAAAGCCACAUGAGAUCCUGUACGCUGGGUAUAGAAGAACUUAAUUUUCUGUCAAUUAAGAGAAGAAAAAUAAAAAUAAAAAAACAAAAAACAAAACACUUUCACCAUCUGAUUGGCCUGUGGAUAAAAUUUGAAAAUUGUAUUUAGAAUAAAAAAUUAUAUAUUUUAGACCAAGUCUCCUUUCUGCAUUUUCAACAAAAUGGAAUGAAAGCUAAUGUGCUUGCUUUGUUUUCUUUGGUAAUUUUGAAUUUUGUAGCUUUUAAAAUUAGAAACCAUUGUUCUGACAAGGCAGGCAACUCUAGUGUAUAAACACAACUUUAUUAAACAGAGUACGCUGUAGAUGCUUUUCCCAAUGUAUCUGGCAGUCUUUGUCAUUGUUCAUACUGGGGAUAAAGGGUAACUAGGCUAGCAGUUCUAAUGUAACAUUCUUUAAGCAUAUCUUAAAAUAGUAUUUAAGUAAAUGGUCUAAUUUCUACAUAAUUAUUGCACUGAACUGUCUUUUUUGUUUUUGUUUUUUUUAAGGUGUUUAAUAAGCUCAGCUAACUCAAGACACUGUAGCAACUUAUGCAUCAGUGCUUGACUUUAGCAGCUUACAACAUUAUUUAUGAAGGAAAAAUAUAUAAAUAUGAAGUACCUCAUGUUGAAUGUUAUUGUACUGUAUUUUUAAUGUAACAGUGCAGAUCUUGUUAGACACAUGAAUGUGUAUACUCAUGUUAAAUGCAAAUAAAAUAAAACUGGUUCAUA